AAAUUUAUUAUUAAAGUUGUUUUUUGGUAUAUAAAGAUAUAACAAGAAAAAAUUUAGCCUUGGUUUUGCUUUCAAUAUUAUUUUAUGGAAAAAGUGAGUAUGAAAAAAUCAAAAAGUGUAAAUUCUUCGUUUCAAUAUAAUGCACAAGAACAUACUUUUUUAUCAAAUCAAGCUCACAUGGUUGAAAAUGAAGACAGGUUACUUAAACUUCUUACUGAUUUUAAAAGUGGAAAACUAAAUGCUUUUGAUGAGAAUUGCAACCUAGAGAAAAUGAGUAAUAUCAAAGUCUUGCAAGAAAAAUUAGCUCGUCUUCAUUUUCAGCUGGAAGAUGAAGAUGCAAACAAAAUGGCAUUAUCUGAAGAAGAGAGAUCAAAACGUAAUCAGGAGAUGAUGGAUAAAUUGAUGUCUAAUAUGGAAACUCUGUGUUCUUCGAUACAAAGUUUGCAUACGACGCAUUCAUAAUUUGUAUUUACUUUUUUUAUUUAACGUGAUUUAUUGUUGUAUUAAAAUUUCUGUUUUUUGAAGAAAAGAAAAAAAAAUACAAUAAAUUGUCUAAUAAAGAAUUUUAAUAGAUUUUGCAAUUUUUUUUAUCUUUUUUUUUUUUUUUUUUUUUUCAAUAUAUAUAUAUUGUAUAUAUACAUGUAAAACGUGUAUAUUUGUAGACAAAAUAUGUUGUAUAUAUAUUAACGAUAUAUUUAUUUCAAUAAUGAUAGUAAUAUUUGGAUUGUCGAUUAUAAUUUUUAUUAAAUUUAAACGGUUAAAAUGAAACUUAAUUGGAGUAAAAGUGGAGAGAUCAUUCAGACCAGAUCUUAGAGAGUCUUUAAGAGACCUAGUUAUGAAGAUGAAUAAAAAAAUAAUCUUGUGAACUUG